AAAAUGGAAAAACAAUUAAUUUCAAUAGAAAUUUUUAACGUGAAAUCGCCUCAGAAAGGAAUUACAAUUGACAAUGUUUCUUUAAAUGACGAUAUUUUGUCUUUAAAGAAAAAAUUUUGUGUUUUAAAGAAUUUGGCUGUGGAGCGUAUUUCUUUUAAAUUGGAACCAACAGGAAAGAAUUUAGCUGAUAAUCAAAUUAUUUCUGAAUUAAAAUUACCAAUAUCAAAUGCUCAAUUAUAUUAUCGUGAUUUGGGUCCACAGAUUGCUUGGAAAACUGUAUUUUUGGCAGAAUAUGCUGGGCCUUUCUUUAUUUAUCCAAUAUUUUAUUUUCAACCGACUUUAAUUUAUGGGGAUAUUUCAAAGAAUUUGGUUACAUCUUCCAAAUGUGUGGCAACAAUUGCUUUGAUUUGUCAUUGUUUGCAUUAUGCCAAACGACUUUAUGAAACUCAAUUUGUUCAUCGAUUUAGUAAUGGGACAAUGCCUAGACGAAAUUUGUUUAAGAAUUGUUCAUAUUAUUGGGGAUUUUCUGCUUUUAUUGCCUAUUUUGUUAAUCAUCCGUUAUAUACUUCACCAGGCUUCACUCAAGUUUUUGUUUCUCUCUGCUGUUUUUUGAUCGCGGAAAUUGGUAAUUAUUCAAUUCAUAUUUUGUUGCGUGAUUUACGUCCAGCCGGUUCAAAGGAGCGUAAAAUUCCCUAUCCAAAUAAAAAUCCUUUGACUUUACUUUAUAAUUAUGUUAGCUGUCCAAAUUAUACUUAUGAAGUUAUCUCUUGGAUUUCUUUCUCUUUAAUGACUCAAUGCCUUCCCGCCGGACUUUUUACGAUUGCCGGUUUUUUGCAAAUGAAGCAAUGGGCAAACGGAAAACACAAAAAUUAUCGAAAAGAAUUUCCAAAUUAUCCAAAAGGCCGAACUCCUAUUGUGCCAUUUAUUUGUUAA